AUGAUGCCCGAGAUAAGAACAAAAACAGGAGCAGGCCUUCGGCCACUUUGGCUGUUGCUACUUCUCGCGACCGCACAUCCGGGCGACACAGUUGAUACACCGGCAGCUGGCUUUCGAUAUGAUCACCAUGUGGACCCUUUGCUGGCUUUCUGUCCACGAUUGGUACUGAAUCAAAGCGGCCUCGUCACACCAGUUGACACCUCUGUGUGUCUCACGCCGUCACUGCCGGUGUCUUCGCCACCUUCAUCAUCCACGUCGUCCUCGUCAUGUGCGUCAUCUGCAGCAUCCAGGUCUACAGAGUCGACACCGCUAUUGAACAACAGCCGUGCACUCCGACAGGAGACGAACAAAGAGGAACAACCCCAGGACGGUCAGUCUCAAUAUCACCAGACUGGCCAAAUUGACCAGAUUCCUGCAGCUCUCGGUCAUGACGGCGGUACCACACAGGCCGCUGGCUUGGUGGUUCCAGCGCCGUGGGUCAGAGGCAACUGCCGACGGGGCAAUCUACCAGAGAAGCAAAUGGCCAAAGACACAAUAACAGGAGAAGACGAUGCCGAGUACUGCGUCUACACACACCCAUCGUUUAACCAUGGAAUGGGUCUCUCGGUCAUCACCACCGCGAGCAGGCUCGGCGCCAUGGCCACUCGGCCUGUGUUUGGGGGACGCGGAGAAACGCUUCCUGCAAGCAAGGGGCCGCCGCCCAACGGCGCAGACUGGCCACCCGACGGCGAUUCUGUCACUGUGCCCGCCUGGAGUGAGAAGAACGUGCCAGGCAAGGACGUAGGCCUCGUGGCCACCCGGGCCAUCCGCCGUGGCGAACGUAUCAUGGCACGUACGCCUGCUGUCAUGAUUGACGGAGCCGCGAUAGAUGCACUGCCAGUCGCUCCAUUUGCAAGUCUACUUCAGGGUGCCGCCUCUGGCCUUCCAGAACCGCAUCGCGCGCAGUUCUUCAACCUGUCUACGAACUCCGGCUUCGAUGUGCAAGACGCAAACGAGAACGAGGCCUACCAGAUCUUUGUGACCAAUGCAUUUCGAACGGGCAUUGCCGACGGCGAGCCGGAUCUGCACACUGUGUUCCGUGAUGCAUACAACGGCACAGUGUCGCGCCUCAAUCACGCGUGCCAGCCCAACUGUGCCUACUUCUUCGACCCGGUUACUCUGUCACACAGCGUUUAUGCUGUCGUCGACAUCAUGCAGGGCGAGGAGCUGACCGUCGCCUACAUCGAUCCGAUACAGGUGCGGGCCGACCGUCAGACCAAACUUCACCGCCAUUGGGGAUUCGGCUGCACAUGUGCGAGAUGUACGUUGCCGCCGCACCGCUUGGCCGAGUCCGACGACCGCGUCCGCUCUAUCCAGACUCUAUUGACUUCCCUGGACAACUACAGUUUACUGAUGCCGGAUGGUGUGAGCGCCAACGUCGCCAACGUGACGGUGGGCCCGUCGGCCGGCGAGCUGCUGGUUCUAUUGUUUGAGCUUGAGGGUCUACAUGGCCGCAUGCACGAAGCCGAGUACCGUUUGGCCCUCGAAUGGAACGGUGUCGGCGAUGCCCUGCGCGCCACGCAAGCUGCUCGCCGCUGCCUCGACCAUGGUCUGCUGGUGCGCGGGGCCAAACAGGUCUUUUUGACCAACAUGCGGGAUCUGGUCACCGACCCGACUGCCCAUUGGAGCUGGAAAUUUCGACUGGGAAAGGAAGCCGCUACAAAAGAGGAGGAGUAG